CUAGACGCCUCUCUCAUUUCUGCUACGCCCACAGCAAGGAAACGCAGCGGCUGCUGCACUCAGUCAGGAAGUUAAAGACAGAAUGGUGUCCGGGUCCGGGAUCUGCGCGAAGAGGGUGGUGGUCGACGCUCGGCACCACAUGCUCGGGAGGCUGGCGUCCAUUAUUGCGAAGGAGCUGCUCAACGGGCAGAAAGUGGUGGUUGUGAGGUGCGAGGAGAUAUGUAUGUCGGGUGGGCUAGUGAGGCAGAAGAUGAAGUACAUGAGGUUCCUCCGUAAGCGCAUGAACACCAAGCCGUCUCACGGCCCCAUCCACUUCCGCGCUCCUGCAAAGAUCUUCUGGCGCACCGUUCGUGGGAUGAUUCCUCACAAGACUAAGCGUGGAGCUGCAGCACUUGCUCGUUUGAAGGCCUAUGAGGGCAUUCCAGCUCCAUAUGAUAAGAUUAGGAGGAUGGUGAUUCCAGAUGCUCUCAAGGUUUUGAGGCUUCAAAAAGGUCACAAGUACUGUUUGUUGGGCAAGCUUUCAUCUGAAGUCGGAUGGAACCACUAUGAUACCAUCAAGGAGCUUGAAAGGAAGAGAAAGGAGAGAUCCCAGGUGGCAUAUGAGAGAAGAAAGCAACUGGCUAAGCUCAGAGUCAAAGCUGAGAAGGCUGCAGAGGAGAAGCUUGGAUCACAGCUGGAUGUGAUUGCUCCCAUCAAAUAUUGAUUCAGAAGCGGGUUCUGAUCACAAAUCCAGGAGGAUUUUGGUCUAGUUAAAUUUGUUAUGCAUCUUUGUUGACUUUGAGUGAGCCGUAAUUUAUUUUGUCAAAUCAUUUCUGGUAGAUUUCAUGUUGAUGGUCUACAUUUGUAUUGCAAUAUGGUAGUUUUCACCCUUACCUGAUAGUUAGCCGGAGAGAACUAUUCCCUUUUGUCAAUUUCUGGAUGCUAUGGUAUGAACUAUGGUUUUGCUGUCGAACUUUCCCAGUUUCCCCACUUUUGGUGUCACAUUACAAGAGCCUAUAAACACAACUCAAUCAA